GUAAUAGAUAGCGUCGAGUCGAUCUCAAUUGUAUUCUAAUGUAUCAUUAAAAUAAUUUAUUUUCACCUAAAUUGACAUUUUUAAUCAAAAUUAUUACCAUCCAAAAAGACGAGACGACAAAUUCAAUAUGGAGGAAGAUAAUUAUUUGCUAAAAACAAAGGAUUCGAGAGCUGAGUCUAGAAUUGAAAAUCUAGAAUUGAAAAAUAAUUUUAAACAUCAGGAAGAAGACGUAGGUGAUGAAUCCUUGAAAGAGGGAAAUAAUAUGAUGCAAUUUAUUGCCGGUAUAACAGCUUCCCUAUCAGUGGCGGUCCUGUCAGCAAAUAUUGUUUGGAAUUCACCAGGAAUUCCCCAUCUGAAGAGCAAUGCAUCUGAUUUUCCAGUAACUGACACACAAGGUGGUUGGAUAAUUUCCAUAUAUCAUUUUUCGGAUAUUAUCGGCUCUCUUCUCAAUAUCCUCCUAAUCGAUAGAAUAGGUAGAAAAUUUAGUCUCCUUCUCACUGGAAUUCCAGCCCUAAUCGCUUGGAUUUUGAUCAUUAAUGCAAAAAACUAUAUUUACGUGCUAAUUGCAAAAUUUAUCGCUGGAAUCGGUCAAGGUUUCACCUACAACACGGUAGUGAUAUAUUUAGCCGAAAUUGCCGAAAAGGACAUUAGAGGAAGUCUUGUUGCAAUUAUGCGGACAAUUCAGGCUCUUUUUCAUUUUGGACUAACAGCCGUUGGGACUUUUUUUCCCUAUCAAAUUUUAAAUUAUACUUGCAUAUUUAUACCAAUUUUAUUUCUCAGCACAUUUUCGUUCAUGCCUGAGAGUCCGUAUUUCUUUUUACUACAAGGAAGGGACGAUGAUGCUUUGAAAAGUUUAAUGAGACUGAGAGGACACUCGAAUUCGUUGGUGUUAAAAAAGGUUGUUAGGGAAAUGAAACUCGACAUUGAGGAGAAGGAAAGAUACAAAACAAAUUCAGUGAGGGAAUUAUUUUUGAGAAACUACAAUCGGAAGUGUAUGUUCAUUGUCAUUUGUAUGAAACUCACUCAAGUUAUGGCAGGUCAUAGUGCGAUUUUAAACUACACGCAGGAGAUCUUUUAUCACAGUGGAUCAUCAAUUCCGCCGAAAAUUUCGGUUCUAAUUCUAUCGGGAAUUGUUCUGGUAUCAACUUUGGCAGCUGGUGUCAUUAUGGAUCGAAUUAGUAAACGUAUCACCUUUCUUGUUUCUGGAAUAUUGUCCGGUGUCUUCUUAGGUGCGGUAGGAAUAUUUUUCUUUUUGAAAUUUUCUGCAAAAGUCGACGUUACUUCUAUUACGUGGUUACCACUAUCAUCGCUAAUCUUAUACGCAAUUGUCUACUAUUUGGGAAUUGCAAUAAUACCCUAUAUCUUGCAAGGUGAAUUGUUUGCUAUGAACGUUAAAGGAGCGGCUGUGGCGUUUGGAAUGAUUAUUGGCUCCUGCUUUUCAUUUACAUCCAAUACGGGAUACAAUUAUAUCAGUAUUCAUGCUGGGGUUUAUAUUGCAUUUUGGUUUUAUUCAAUUGUUGCAAUUAUUGGAUCAGUUCUCACUUUUAGGAUAACACCGGAAUCGAAUAGAAAAACUUUGGAGGAAAUCCACGCAAUGGAGAAUCCAGAGAUGAAACGAAAACUGGAAUUAGAACGUAUAGGUCAACAGCAGUGAAUGUACUGAUCAGAUCAGUGGAGAGAACACAAACGAACGAAUUCAACAUUAACACAGUGGACAAGCAUAUUAAAAUAAAAACUUCUUUUCGUUGGCACCCCCAGGAGAACAAACGACGAACAGCAAAUAUCCUACAUCUGAAAUUCCCGCUAACUGAAACAAAAAAUAACCAAAAAACAAACAUCUAACAACACAAAGAAACAUUUAUUUACAAAACUUAUAAACUGCGAAAAAACUUACUCGAAAUCUAAUAGUAGAAAAUCAUUAAAACUAACAACUUCUGUAAAAUUAAUUAUGUACAUAUUAAAGACUAUUUACAGCAAUCA